GUGGGAAAGUGAUGAGAGCGACAGCUGUUUUGACCAACAAGUUCCGCAGCGGCUCAUCUUUAAAGCCUCACUCCCAGCGUUGUAUUAUGGCAGUUGCUUUUUUGCCUUUUUGCCUUUUUGCCUCAUUGCCAGUGCUUUGAACGUGCAUGCAGAAUGCAUGGGUGCUUGUUCAAAAGUGAGGCAACAUCAACGCGUCUGGACAAAUGCAUGCACGAAGAUACGAGCUACAGCCAUAGCACAUGCGUCGCACUAGAAGGACUUGGCACAAGUAGUGCUCACCUGAUUUUUUAGUCCUCAGUCCUGCUCUAUGUUCCAUUCGACGCAUAGUGCAGCACCGGAAAUCGCGGGAAAAAAAGACGCGACAGCACAGCCUUCUCCGACCAUGAGCUUAUGAUCAUGUCAUAAGACCACGUCAAAUUCUCCAUGAGCUCCCCCAUCUUCUGUUGCUGCCCCAGUUGUUAGUACAGAGGAAUGGCAGACAUCCGAAGUUCUGAUGUAGAGCUUGGUCAAGUUGAAGCCAGGCCCAAGGGCUACCCCCGCUUUUCGGCACUGAUCGCAUCACACAAUCACUUCUACCUCUGCCGGAGGUUCUCUGAAUUGCGUGCAAGGACAUUGCUUAUGAAACAAGAUAAACUAUCGAAACUAGAGAGACGACUACAUGAGAUAGAAAAGAAGGAAUUUGAAGCCGAGCCACUACGUCUAGCAUCUUGCAGGAUCAAUGAAUCAAGCGAGAGGAGUGCGCUUCUGGUCCAGAUCGAUGAAGCACUCACCGAUUACGACGGCUACAUCCUAAGGAGCCGACAUAUACUCGACUUGGAAACAGCCAGGCCUCAAGCUGUUACGAGCCUGCAGAAUUGGACCGCAGGGACCACCUGUAUUGCCAGAGCAGAAACCGCCUAUCUCGAUCAAGCUGGUGAUUUGAUGAGCAUAUCAUCUACGGAUGAUACGGUAGUAGCCUGGCUAGAGAGGCUGACGGAAAGAUUGUUAAUUUGGCUUCGGCCAGUAUUACGAUUGGAACGCGCAUUCGGAGUGUCAAGUGACCCAAGAGUUCACAUCGUGCCGCAAGCAUCAGUCGCAAAGGCUGCUCGAGUGAUGAUGACCCCAUUUAUUGUCACCUUGCUACUUGCACCAGUCAUUGCUUGCAACUGUCUCAGUAGCCUUUCUGCCCGACUUGUGAUAAUCGUCACUGCUGCCAGCAUAUUUAUUGCAGUCUUAUCAGGAUCGACACGGGCCAAAAUUACUGAGCUUGUGGUAGCUGGCGCAACAUACACUACGGUUCUGAUUGUGUUCAUCACGAAUACAAAGGUCACUCUCCAGGAGAAUGAAUAAGUGGGAAGAUUCACCUGGAUGAAUUCAUUCUUUGAUAUUUACAAGAAGGACGUGGUUACUCGCAAAAUCAGUCCUAAGCCUUUAAGCAUGGACUGGUUUCGUACAUCAGCUGACCCAACCUGGCUAUGUCUGUUCGACGCAACGCCACUAAAUCCGGAUCGUCGACCUACAUAGGUACA